AUGGAGCCUCUGGCAGAGGCCAGCGGCAAGGCGAUUGCGACCACGCUGGGCAAGCUGAUAGUGGCUGGCGAUGCUGAGAAAAGCACAGAAGAUCUAGCUUCGAAAGCAGGGGCUGCUGGCGUAAAGGCCGGAAUCGCUGCGGGCUUGCUUCCAGGCCCGGCAGCAGAUGCGGGCAUCGAGGCUGCAGCACAAGUGCUGACCAAGAUGAGGCCUCCAACCAGUCCGGGGGACGUGGCGACCCUGGCCGUUUUGGCACAGACGGUCGCAGCCACGGCGAGUCUCCGGCACUGCCAGGCAGCCGAAGUGGCAGCUGCAGCAGCGGCCACUCACGCUGUCCGCGCUGCCAGGGCAGCGAACGAGGAUCACGCAACAAUGCUGGCCGGGUCUUGCGCUGCGGGCCUCCAGGCUGGUGAUGCUGUGGGCCUAACGGCAGCCCGCAGUGCUGAAGUGAUCUGCUUGGCUGUGACCUGGGCAGUCCUCGAUGCCACCAUGACUGCAUCGACAAGCACGGAGGACGCCUUGGCCACGGCAGAGCAGGUCGUGGAGAAGGUAAACGAGCUUGCAGAGACCAGCUCCGACCGAUUGCGGCAUUGUGCCGUCAAGACGGCCGCGCACGCAGCCGCCUGCGCGAAAGCACUGCAAGGAGAAGCCGCAGCAGCCCCAAAGGCUGCAGCCGCUGCAGCUACCCAGCAGGGACAGAAACAGAAGUUGCCCCUCAAUGAUGUUCAGGGCCUGGCCGUCUUAACAGCCGCACGUGCAGCCACAUCAAAUGCCAUGUCAACAUGCUGCUCGUUAGAGGAGGCAGUGCUACAGGUGUCUUCUGCUGCUGAGCGCGCAGCACUGGAUGUUGGGCUGCCUCCAGAAAAGGCCUGUGAGUGUGCGAGCCUCCAUGCCGGCUCAGCAGCCGGGCACGUGGCGAAUUUGGAAGCGAAGCCGCUGGAAAAGGCUGCUGCAACUGCUGGCCACGCCGUGGUUUCCAAGGCUCUUGAGGCUGGGAUGAAUCCUAGCAUCGCAGCAACUGCAGCAGUGGCGAUGGUUGCUAGGUUUGUGCUGGAACAGAGCCUGGCUUUGAAGAAUGCCAGCAUUGAAGAAGCUUCGGAGGCUGCAGGGAACAACGCCGUUGCAGCUGGCCGGCUGGCUGGAAUGUUUCCGCAAGUGGCUGGCGAGGUGGCGCUGGCAACGGUCGCGCGUGUGGUUGGCCAGGAGGCCCUGGACCGGCGCUUGGACUUGGAAGAGGCGGUAGACGAAGCAGCCACGGCAGCAAAGUUGGCAUGGCUGGGCGCGCAUCUGGCACCCGAUCGUGCUUCCUACCAUGCAUCCAUCAGUGCGGGCAUGUUCUGUGGCAGGGCCCUCCUCACAAAAGGUGCAAGUCUGGGCGAGACUGCAUCUUCAGCAGGUCAAGCAGCAGCAGCCGCAGCUUUAGAUGCCCGCUUGGCAAUCAGCCAGGUCGCCAAGUGUGCAGCUUUGGCGGCAGGUGCCCUUGCAGCAGAGGCAUCUUUCACAGAAGGAAAGCCUGGCAGCGUGGCAGCCGCGGCAGCCGCCACGCAUGCCUUCGCAGCUGCAGAGUCGCAGGGGAUGAACCGAAAGGCCGCUGCAGAAGCCGCUGCGCUGGCUGCCGGCGCUGCCGCGGCCGCCGGUGCAUUGUCGAAGGGCCAGCCACGAGACGCUGCUGCGAAGUGCGCUGGCGAGGCGGCAGAGCGGCUUCUGGAGAGCUACGGUUUCAGCAAGGAGGCUGCCGCCUCCGCUGCUGCUCUGGUCGCCGGCCGCGCAGCAGGUGAUGGAGCGCUGGGUGCCAACCGCUCGCCUCACGAGGCGGCCAAGGAGGCCUCGGCUGCAGCCGCGGCGUUUGCGGGAGUCCGCGGCGUCGACGCCUCCGUCGCCGCCCGAGCUGCCAGGGCCUUGUUAGAGGAGUAUCCGACCAGCGCUCUGGGCUCGCGGCCUCGAUUGCCCGUGGCCGCCCCUCAAGCGCCCCUGGAUGCCGGCGCAGUCCGUGCGGUGGAGGCCGCGCCGGGCGAGGACGAGCCUGCCUUGGCUGCCGGAGUCCUGGAGCCCAGGCGGAAUCGCCGGAAGGAUGGCGAGUUCCUGGGCGGUGGGGCGGGCGCAGCCCCAGACGGCAGCGACGACGACCCUGACGCGCACAAGCCGGCCUGGCAGAGGAAAGACCUCGACAAGGAGCUUGAGGAGAUUGGCGCCAUCGAGGAAGCCGCCAUCCGGAUCCGAAGAGACCUCCAAAACCUGACCGAGGAGAGCGAGAGGGCCCAGGUGGACGCCGAAGCCGCCGCCUUGAUGCUGGACCUGCAAGGCGCCUCCAGCACGGCAAGGCGGAGCUCUACCGCAGCGGACUUGGAGGCCAUGGCCCUCCUGGCGGAACUUCAUGGCGGUGUACUACCGGAGCGGUCGACAGGGCAAAUGCAGGCGAGUGCUGCCCGCCAAGCAGCCGCAGCCACGGCCUAA